UUCCUUAUUAGGGUAGAAACUUUUCUCAAUCAUUGUCCCAUCCCAUGUAACAUAAUUCUAACCUUGUCUACAUUCUUGGCAGUGGCAGAGUGGUAGGUUUAGAUAGCGAAGAGAGCCUACACUACUGUGAUGGCGGCUAGCGGGAAGGCAGCACCGAUGCUAGGGCUUCUGCUGCUGUUGUGCUUGCUCUGCCAUGGGGCAGCACAGCGGUACAAUGCCAUCUGGAACUUUGGUGACUCCAUCUCCGACACCGGGAACCUCUGUGUGGGUGGGUGCCCGGCCUGGCUCACAAUGGGGCAGCCGCCCUAUGGGGAGACCUUCUUCCACCGCCCCACCGGACGCUGCUCUGAUGGCCGCGUCAUUGUUGAUUUCUUGGCUGAGCACUUUGGUCUGCCGCUACCGCAGGCGUCGAAGGCCAGCGGCAACUUCAAGAAGGGUGCCAACAUGGCCAUCAUCGGCGCCACCACCAUGAACUUUGACUUCUUCAACUCCAUCGGACUUAGAGACAAGAUUUGGAACAACGGGCCGCUCGACACCCAAAUCCAGUGGUUCCGCCAGCUCCUCCCCUCCGUCUGCGGGAAUGACUGCAAGAACUACCUGUCCAAGUCGUUGUUCGUGGUGGGCGAGUUCGGGGGCAACGACUAUAAUGCGGCGCUCUUCUCUAGGCGGUCCAUGGCGGAGGUGCGAGGCUACGUUCCUAGGGUCAUCACCAAGCUCAUCCACGGCCUGGAGACGAUCAUCAGGAGGGGAGCCGUGGACGUGGUGGUUCCCGGGGUGUUGCCUAUCGGCUGCUUCCCCACCUAUCUCACCCUCUACGGCACCUCGAACGCCGCCGACUACGACCGCGAUGGCUGCCUCCGGAGCUACAAUGACCUCUCCAGCUACCACAACGCGCUGCUGAAGCGGAGCCUCUCCAGCCUGCGGAGGACAUACCCGCACGCUCGGAUCAUGUACGCUGACUUCUACACACAGGUCAUCGACAUGAUCCGGACCCCUCACAACUUUGGGCUCAAGUACGGGCUGAAGGUCUGCUGCGGCGCCGGUGGGCAGGGCAAGUACAACUACAACAACAAUGCGCGGUGUGGCAUGUCCGGGGCCAGGGCCUGUGCUGACCCGGGCAACUACCUCAUCUGGGAUGGCAUCCACCUCACGGAGGCGGCGUACCGCUCCAUCGCCGAUGGCUGGCUCAAGGGCACCUACUGCAACCCUCCCAUUCGGCACUGAUGAGCUAGCUAGCUGGGGGAGUUAAUAGCUAGCUACAUUCAUGCGUGUGUUGUUUGGGCUAAUUGCCAUGUGCAUCAUCAUCUCCUUGUCCUAGGUUCAUACACAGUGAUGAGUAGUGGUGGGUUUGUUAUUUGGUUGUCCAUUAUUCACGGGAAGUAGGUGGUUUCGAUGUGCUGGGGACAAUGAAUAAAUGUGUAAUGGACAGUUUGCA